GAACCGGUAUUAGUUUCAAUCGGGAAACUGUCUCCGCCACAUCGCAAGCUCGGACAGAGCCGCUCCGCGUCGCAAAGUUUUUUGCACGAGUUUUUUUCACGUAUAUUUGUUCAUUGACAAAAACUCAAGCUGCGCUCCGUACACGCCUGUGAGCCUGUGUGUGUGUGUGUUGUGUUGUGUGGCGCGCGCUUGUGUAGCCGUGCGACUAUUCCUGAGAGUGUGAGUGCGAGUGCGAGUGCGAGCGCUGGGUUGGCUUUGUGUGCAGAAUAAUUUUUGCAAACAUUAUGUAAAUGCGCAAAUUAAAGUUCAAUCGACACUCAGCUCAGCAAUCCGGUCGAAAGGCCAUUUCAAAUUCGAAUCGAGAUUACCUGGCGUUACAUGCCCGAAAGUUACAGUUAUCAACAAAUAAACACAACCCAGAAAAGGGACAACAGUUACACCCGACAGAGGGCGCAGUCAAGGCUCCAGAAAAAAACCGUUAGUACACAAAACAAAUAUGGCCACGACAGCGGCCGCCAUGGCUGCCACCAGCGUCGUCGUUUUGGAUCGUGGCAAUAAUACGACCUGCACCAUCAACUUGCAUGGUGCCACAGUUGUCUCCUGGCGAGUGAACAACCAGGAGCAGUUGUUCGUUAGCAAGCUGGCCUCAUUUGAUGGCAAGAAGGCGAUACGUGGCGGGAUUCCCUUUGUCUUUCCUCAGUUUGGUCCUUGGUCGUUUGGGCCGCAGCAUGGAUUCGCCAGGAUCACGCGGUGGCAUCUGGAGCGGGCGCCGGAUAGGCUGCACAACGGCGACGUCGAGGCCAUAUUCUCGCUGAUGGACAACGAGUUCACGCGCUCCAUUUGGAACUACCAAUUUCGCAUCACCUACCGCCUCAUUCUGCGCGAAAAGGAGCUUCACUUUCACAUUGGCGUCUACAAUCCAAGCAAGGAGCUGAGCUUCUCCUUCAACAUGCUGCUGCACACUUAUCUGAAGGUGCCCGACGUGCGCCGCUGCCAGAUCACGGGCCUGCACGGCUGCCACUUCAUCGAUAAGACGCGGGAGAACGCUCUGUACCAGGAGGGGCGCGAGGUGGUAACCGUAAACGAGUGGACAGAUCGUAUUUACCAGCACACACCGCAGGAGCACGUCAUCACCAACGUCGUCUCCGGCCGCAAGAUGAGACUGCACAAGUACAAUUUCCCCGACACGGUCAUCUGGAAUCCCUGGAUCGAUCGUUCGCGAGAGAUGAGCGACUUUGGCGAUGAUGAGUUCCCCAACAUGCUAUGCGUGGAGGCGGGCAAUGUGACUUCGCCCGUGAUCCUGCUGCCGGGCACAGCUUUCGAGGCCAGCCAGAUCCUACAGCAAUUCAAGUGUCCCUAUGUUAUAGCAAUUAAUGCACCCAAGAAAUCAAGAAAGAAGUCCCAGUCCCGCUUAUAGACUCCCGCUUUAGGCUGUACACGAGCGUGGGACUGGUACUUGGUUCCUAGUUUCUGUUUAUUUUCGGUUGCUGUCUGAGCCUUGGGCUGUAGCUUGAUAAAUCGCUCAAAAAAGAUCGAAGAGGGCUUAUUUACACAGGACUCUGUCAGAACUUCAUUCCUCAGUCGCUCCGUGUUCAGCUCGUCGGUUAGCUUGACGCUCAAUUUGGCCAGUUUCUAGUACUUAUUCCCCCAACAAGCAACGAGGACUAGCCAAUUUCGCUGUAGCGAUUAAAUAAAAAACAAACAAAAACUAAAUUAUUUACUUUGCUUGCACAGAUCAUCAUCGAGGGGAAUGUCAGUCGCAAAACCAAAAGGAAUCGCUAGCGUUUAAAGAAUCGGAACCCCAUGAGGUAAACCGAUUCGCAAAAAACUUAAAGCGCACUUUUCAAGGAAGUUCACACCUCCCCAACACAAAGGAGGAGUGCCCAGAAAGAACAGAGAGGCAACGGGAGAGAUAGAAAACAGUUUCGGUUGUUCUCGCAUGGAAUUUAGAAUCUAACCUUUAUUAUUAAGUAAACGUAAAUCCUUCUCUAGCAAUAGCAAUGUGUGUUGUGCAAAGAAAUCAAAGGGAAAAGUAAUUCCUAACCUACUCGUAGUUUUCCAUCCUAAGUUCGUGCCUAACUGAAUGCCGAAACCGCAAGCAGUGCUCUCCUUGGGCUAGAAGUAACUGUCGCCUUAUGUGUGCUUUCAAAGAGUCAAAAAAUAUCAUAUGGCAGCACGGCAACGGUUGAACCAUCUUUUAUGCAAGUCCUUCCAGUCUUGCACGAUUAUUUGGCAUUACGGAUAGUUCGGUUUCAUAAA